AGAUUGAAGCCAAGAAGAAGAUUAGGAUCGACUACUCUAAAGUUCAGAGUGACGCUAGAUUUGCAGUAUUAGCCGAAGAGACAUAACUGUACAGUAAACAAAGGAAUGGGAAAGCAGGUGAUUCGCACGGACCACCUUAUCCUUGUCAAAAACUUGAAGCUCGCAGCCUCAUCAACAUUUGAGGUCCUCAUCAUUGUCUCGCAACCUCCUCUGUCUAAGACCUAGAACCACGUCCGCACCACCAAAUACACAGCCUUCAACCCCAGGACACUCACAUACGAUGGCAGAACCACCAUACAAACGCGCGCGCCGCCCAGACAGUAAGCAAAUGUGGGACGAAGCCGACCGACGCGCACCUCAAGCACCCCUCCCCUCCCGAGAACGAGACGAGCGCGAGCGCCCAGAUCGCGGCAAUGACAGGAGAGAAGACCGGAAUCGAGAUCGCAGAUAUCGCAGUCGGUCGCCGCGCGAUUCGAGAGGCGCUGGAGGUGGAGGUGGUCGAGAUCGUGAGCGAGGAGGACGCAGAGAUGAGCGCGAGAGAGAUACGCGGGAUGGGUAUGGUAGGGGAGGGAGAGAUCGGGAUGGUGAGGGUGAGAGGGGUGGUAGGAGGGAUUAUAGGGAGAGGGAUAGAGGUAUGUAUCCUACUGAAGCUGUCGCGCUUUGUCAUAGAGGGAAGUCUAAUGCGUUUUCGAAAGAUGGUGGAAGUGCGAGGGAUAGGGAUGGUGGUAGAGAGAGGGAUAUGAGGGAUAGGGAUUACAAGGAGAGAGAUGGUGGGAGAGAAAGCCGAGACCGACCGAGAGAGCGAUCGAGAGACAGGGCAAGGGAUACGAAGAGAGGUACGAGGAGUAGGAGUCCGCGACGGGAGAGAGAUAGAGAUUCUAGGAGAGAGGCUGAGGCCGAGAAGGAGAUACCCAAACCCUACCACGCCGAGGAGGAGUUCACCAAAGCGCGAACAGCAACUCCACCUGUCUCGUUCAAGGUCAAUUCUGCUGGAAAUGGACAGGAUCACGAGCGAAUGGAAGUCGAUGCAGAAGCUCAACCCGGCAAGAAAGGAAAGAAGGGCAAGAAGGCUGCUAAGCCAAUUGAGGAGGACGAUGAUCUGAUCGUGGAGGAUGACGGCAUGGCUGCUAUGCAGGCUAUGAUGGGUUUCGGCGGAUUCGGCACGACGCACCAGCAGAAAGUUGCAGGGAACGAUAUCUAUGCUGUCAGGAAGGAGAAGAAGACCGAGUACAGACAGUACAUGAAUCGGGUUGGAGGUUUCAACAGGCCUCUCAGUCCAAGCAGAGAAUGAUGAAUGAUGGGUUGAUGAUGGAUAACGUAUGCUGAUAUCGCUAUUCCUCUGCCUUUAUUAUAUUCCAUGGGAAGUGUCAGUGGAUUCUGGGAUGUAGUAUAUUUCAGACGGGCCCUUGUCAAUAUCCGCUUCUUAGAAGUGAGUCGUGGCUUUACCACCAAACUCAAAUGAUUGCUGCAAAACAAGAUAAAUUAGCUAUAUCCAAGGCACACUAGACAAGAAUUUUGUGCCAAAUAAAUAGAAGUUCCCCCAAUGAAAGAUGCACAUACAGACCAGAUCUCCCAUUCUUCGUUCCGUGACCUUUUUCCGUCCGAAAGCAUCACUAGUCAGCCUUCCCUGCAGCCUCGCGACACAGGCUGAAUACGUAGCUGCACAUCAACGAACCCGCAACGGUGUUCUCAAAAUCCACCCCAGCCUUCCCUACAGAAAAACCUCCCCUCACUCCGCCACGCCCUCGAGCUCCUCAAAUCCCUCUCACGGAGCUCUGGCUAUCCAUCCUCCUCCCAAUUGAAGCUUCAAAACCACCAUGCUUCUCCCCAUUCUGCCUGUGGCAGCUCUAUUCGCAGCCUGCCUGUCAACACAGGUAGUUGCUGAAGGAGACCCUGCGAUUUUGUACAAUGAGUUUGCGAGGAAGACGAAUGAUAGUCUGCUUUGGGGCCCGUAUAGACCGAAUUUGUAUUUUGGAGUUAGGCCUAGGAUUCCGAAGAGUUUGAUGGGUGGAUUGAUGUGGUCGAGGGUAGACAAUUAUCAAGAUGUGCAGAACAACUUCAGACAUACCUGCGAGCAGGGCGACAACAUGAAAGGUUACGGCUGGGACGAAUAUGACGCGCGGACAGGAGGCCAGCAAACAAUUUACGAUGAGGGAAAUGGCAUAAACAUCCGCACCAGUUUUGUGAAGAUCCCUGGAGGAAGCAACGGCGGUGGCUGGGCUGUCCGGGUUAGAGGCACAGUGCGAGAAGGUGCACCACCAGAUCUCAAGUCUACAGUCGUGUGGUACAACUCCCUGGAAGGACUUGGAAGUCUGGAGCUUGAGAAUGAGCCCAAUGACUUGGGAUAUGAGGGUGAUGUUACGCUGAAAGGUGACUCGGCUGGAUUGGGGGAGUAUAAAGUUACCGUUACGGCCGGACGGGGAACUCAUCCGGCUGGUUCGCAUCCUUCGUAUGAGGAGAAGCCUUUGGAUCGUACGAUUGUUCAUUCGCUUCAAGCUCCGGAUACGAUUCUGUGGCAAGUUAAGCCUAUUAUUUUCAAGGGGUUGAAAGACCAAAUCGACAAGUACAUUGCUACAUAUGGGGAGGAGAACCCACCUCCUCCGUGGCAAGUGUAUACUCUCGAGAACAAAGCUGCUCCAGGAAACUUGCACAUUAUCCAGAAAGUAUUCGAGGGCAACUUUGAAUUUGAUGUCAUUUUUAACAGCGGCUCUUCUGGCAAAGAAUAUACCAGCCAGGAUGUUUCAGAGUUCUUGUCUCGUGGAUCAAGAGGAUUCUGGGAUCGAUUCGUUGCUACUUUUGACCCUCAGCCGCCAUUUGGUGUUGAAGCUCUUCAGAGAUUCGCUGGAAGCAUGUUUUCGAACUUGCUUGGUGGACUCGGCUAUUUCUAUGGAGACUCUAUUGUGGACCGAUCGUAUGCUCCAGAGUAUGAUGAGGAGAAUGAAGGAUUCUGGGAGGAGACUGCAGCUGUUAGAGCCCAGAAGCAUGAAAAGCUUGAAGGACCCUCCGAAUUGUUCACCACUGUGCCAUCAAGACCUUUCUUCCCACGUGGUUUCCUCUGGGAUGAAGGUUUCCAUUUGAUGCCAGUCGCUGACUGGGAUUUGGACCUGGCUCUAGAAGUGGUGAAGAGUUGGUUCAAUUUGAUGGACGAAGAUGGAUGGAUCGGCCGUGAACAGAUCCUUGGCGCUGAAGCACGCAGCAAAGUCCCAGCCGAGUUCCAAAUCCAAUAUCCACAUUACGCCAACCCUCCCACCCUCUUCUUCAUCGUCGAUAACUUCAUCUCCAAGAUCCAUGCCAUGAAUGGGUCCAGUCCGGAGGCAAAAGUAGCACGAGAAAGCCUCGGCGAGAAGCCUAAUUCCGUCUACCUUCAAGAUCUGGAUCUCGCUCUCCACUAUCUACGAGAACUUUACCCCAAACUGAGAACGCACUACUUCUGGUACCGCAAAACCCAAUCUGGAGAUCUGAAGUCUUACGACCGCGAUGCAUUCAGCACUAAGGAAGCAUACAGAUGGCGCGGCCGCACUCCCCAACACAUUCUGACCAGCGGGCUCGAUGACUACCCACGUCCUCAACCACCGCACCCAGGAGAGCUGCACGUCGAUCUCAUCUCCUGGAUGGGUAUGAUGACCAAAUCUCUCAAGAACAUCGCCACACUCCUCGACUACGCCGACGACGUCAAGGAACUCAGCACGAUCGAGACAGCCAUUCUCCGCAACAUCGAUGAUCUUCACUGGAGUGAGAAAGACAAGUGUUACUGCGAUGCCACUAUUGACGAUUAUGAGGAGAAUGCACUGGUUUGCCACAAGGGAUAUAUCUCACUCUUCCCAUUCUUGACGGGUCUUCUGGAUCCCAAGAGUGAGAAGUUGGGUCAUAUCUUGAAGUUGAUUGGCGACGAAGAGGAGCUGUGGAGUGCACACGGUCUGAGGAGUUUAAGUAAGAAGGAUGAGUUCUAUGGUACCGAUGAGAAUUACUGGAGGGGUCCAGUGUGGAUGAACAUGAACUAUCUAGCUGUGGUGCAAUUGCUUAAAUACGCACAAACCCCCGGCCCCCACAAAUCCCUCGCCACAGACCUAUACAGCACUCUCCGCCUCAACCUCAUCAAGACCGUGUACGACGCCUGGGCAGAGACCGGCUUUGCUUGGGAACAGUAUAACCCUGAGACGGGCAAGGGACAGCGAACGCAGCAUUUCACUGGCUGGACGAGUCUGGUGGUGAAGAUUAUGGGGAUGCCGGAUUUGAGUGGUGGUGCUUGGGAGGUGCAGAGCGAUAAGCAUGAUGAGUUGUGAGGGGAUAGAGGUGGGGGAGAUGGUACAAACUGGCUGGGGAGGGGAUUUUGAGAUGUAUAUAUGUGAUAUAUGUGUGUUUUCUGGAUUGGAAAAGUCUUUUGCAAUAUUUGUGCAUCGGUUGUUGAGGCACAUUCGCCGCCAGACUGCACCGCACGAAUCAACGGCGCGAGCAUGACGAAAUGAAAGAAUGACUGUACUCCGCUGUAUGGAGACCUGGAUGGUUCCUGUUCCCUUCCACCAGCUCGCUCGUCUUGGAUAACUUUGACCUCUGCUCCUCUACAAGACGUCUGCCACGAUUAAAAAAGUUCCCACAUUAUGCUUUUAUAUCAUCACGGGGCAGGAGUCCAAUCAUUUUGUAUGCUCUGAAGCCUAAGAGUGAGGCGAACAAAGUGGCUGCGCACCUUAUUGUAAACAACACUUGGUAAUAUUCCUCGCUUAAAUCCACAGACGAAGGGCGGACUCAAUAAAGC